AUGUGGUUGGAUUCACACCGGGAGAAACCGUACUGCUGCUCUCAGUGCGGGAAGAGUUUCAGUGCUUCUAACGCCUUCCAAUCUCAUCUGCAAAUUCAUGCAGGGGAGAGGCCUUACCCUUGCCUUGAUCAGUCAAGCAACCUGACUACACACCAGCUAACACAAACUGGAGUGAAGCCUUUUAUCUGUGAUCAGUGUGGAAAGAGCUUUGCUGUAGCUUCCACCCUGAGUAGACACCAGGUUACACACACUGGAGAGAAGCCUUAUAGCUGUGAUCAGUGUGGGAAAAGCUUUGCUGUAGUUUCCUCCCUGAUUAGACACCAUCGAACACACACUGGAGAGAAGCCUUAUAGCUGUUAUCAAUGUGGAAAGAGCUUUGCUGUAUCAGAAAAACUAACUAUACACCAGCGAACACACACAGGAGAAAAGCCUUAUAGCUGUGAUCAGUGUGGGAAGAGCUUUGCUGUAGUUUCCUCCCUGAUUAGACACCAUCGAACACACACUGGAGAGAAGCCUUAUAGCUGUUAUCAGUGUGGAAAGAGCUUUGCUUUAUCAGAAAAACUAACUAUACACCAGCGAACACACACAGGUGAGAAGCCUUAUCGCUGUGAUCAGUGUGGGAAGAGCUUUGCUGUAGCUUCCACCCUGAAUAGACACCAGCUAACACACAGUGGAGAGAAGCCUUACAGCUGUGAUCAGUGUGGGAAGAGCUUUGCUGUAGUUUCCUCCUGAUUAGACACCAUCAAACACACACU